UCGCCGGCCGCGCUCUCCCGCAGCCUCUCCGCCGCCCACCCCUCCGCCUGCCGGCCCGGGGGACCGCGCCGCCCAAGCCCGGCCGGGGCAGCUGCGGGCCGGGGGCGGGUCCCGGCCCCCACCAUGCGGGCCGAGCUCUGGCUCCUCGUGCUGGUGCUCAGGGAGGCUGCCCGGGCGCUGAGCCCCCAGCCCGGAGCAGCUUUCUGUCCCCUCUUCCCAGGUCAGGAUGCAGGCCAAGGCUCUGGAGGGGCCGCCCAGAGGACCAGCAUGCAGGGCUGGAAUCGGAGGGCCCGUGAGAGCCCCGGCCAGGUGUCGGAGCCAGACAGGACUCAGCUGAGCCAGGACCUGGGUGGGGGCACCCUGGCCAUUGACACACUGCCGGAUAACGGAACCAGGGUGGUGGAGGACAACCACAACUACUAUGUGUCCCGUCAUUACGGUCCCAGCGAGCCCCGCAGCCGGGAGUUGUGGGUGGACGUGGCCAAGGCCAACCAGAGCCAAGUGAAAGUUCACAGAAUCCUCUCCAACACCCACCGGCAGGCUUCGAGAGUGGUCUUGUCCUUUGAUUUCCCUUUCUAUGGGCAUCCUCUGCGGCAGAUCACCAUAGCAACCGGAGGCUUCAUCUUCAUGGGUGACGUGGUCCAUCGGAUGCUCACGGCUACUCAGUAUGUGGCCCCACUGAUGGCCAACUUCAACCCUGGCUACUCCGACAACUCCACAGUUGCUUACUUUGACAAUGGGACAGUCUUUGCUGUUCAGUGGAACCGCGUCUACCUCCAGGGCCGGGAGGACAGGGGCAGCUUCACCUUCCAGGCAGCUCUGCACCAAGACGGCCGCAUUGUAUUCGGCUACAAAGAGAUCCCUAUGCCCAUCCUGGAAAUCAGCUCAUCCCAGCACCCCGUCAAAGCAGGCCUGUCAGAUGCCUUCAUGAUUCUGAAUCCAUCCCCGGAUGUACCAGAAUCUCGGCGAAGGACCAUCUUCGAAUACCACCGUGUGGAGCUGGACCCCAGGAAGGUCACGAGCACGUCUGCCGUGGAGUUCACCCCAUUGCCAACCUGCCUGCAGCAUCGGAGCUGUGAUGCCUGCGUGUCCUCAGACCUGACCUUCAACUGCAGCUGGUGCCAUGUCCUCCAGAGAUGCUCCAGUGGCUUUGACCGCUACCGCCAGGAGUGGCUGUCCUACGGCUGUGCCCAGGAGGCAGAGGGCAGGACGUGUGAGGACUUCCAGGAGGAGGACUCCUCCUCGUCCUCCCCCGACAGCUCCUUCAGCCCCUUUGAUGGAGACCUCACCACCACCUCCCCUUCACUCUUCAUCGACAGCCUCACCACGGAAGAUGACACCAAGCUGAAUCCCUAUGCAGGAGAAGACGGCCUUCAGAACAACCUGUCCCCCAAGACAAAGGGCCCCCCCGUGCACCUGGGCACCAUCGUGGGCAUCGUGCUGGCCGUCCUCCUCGUGGCGGCCAUCAUCCUGGCUGGGAUCUACAUCAAAGGCCACCCCACCUCCAACGCUGCACUCUUCUUCAUCGAGCGGAGACCUCACCACUGGCCGGCCAUGAAGUUCCGCAACCACCCCAACCACUCCACCUACACAGAAGUCGAGCCCUCAGGCCACGAGAAGGAAGGCUUCGUGGAGGCUGAGCAGUGCUGAGCGCGCCAAGUCUCCCUUGGAAGGACAGGAAGGAAGACCUGGGGACCUCAAAAAACACGAGUCGAAGCAAAACAGAGAAGUGACUUUCUUUGACUUCCUCUGAACACACCCUGGCUGGGAGGAGGAGCCCGUGGUCUGUGGUGUCAGAGCUACAGUUUGGCCAUCACACCAGAUAUUGAAGCAGGGGCAGAAAAGCAACCACACUGAGUGUUUAAGGAAUAAUAACCUAAUUUCAUCCUGUUUUGAUGCCAGAGGUCUCCCCUUCUGAGUCUCUCAAUGGUCUACUCUGGAGCUGCCUCAGAGGUCCCCUCCCACCUGGAGACAGCCAGAGGCCCUUCUCGGGUCCCCUUACACCCCUGUAUAUGACACCAGAGAACGGAGCUCUAGACUGGGGCUGCUGUAUUCCAGGGUCCAUAGACUCAAGAGCUGGUCCUCAAGGCUAUGGAUUCAGCAUAUUUUGCCCCAGCCUCUGUGCUCUGGAAGUCUGAAGAAGGAGUUCUUUCCAUCUGUUAAACACAGGUACGGCUGCUCCCAGCCCUUUUGGCAAGCCACUGAUUGGCAUGCUGGCAUCAGAAGAAAGCCAAAUGAGAGGCGAAGAAAGAACUCGUGGGCAGAUUGCAUUUUUGCAUUUUUAGGCUUCGCUCCCCCAACUUGCCCUUUCUGCUGAGAACCGGUACUUCUGCAUCGAACACAUGUGAGGCCCGUGUCACGGGCUUUAUCCAAUUGCGGCCCAGCCUGGGCCUGGCAAGCCGUGCUGUGCGUGGCCACGUCUACCGUGCAGGCUCUUCAUUCCAAUGGCACAUUUGAUGUCCAUUGUAUUCACUGGCCUGGUCUUCUGUCAGUGCCAGUAGUUACCUCCAAAGGCGGGGCCUGCCUGAUUAAUAUCUUUCCUCAGUCUGAGCUGGAAUUUAAUAGCCAUUAAAGAGAAACAAGGUGGAGAGAGGGCUUCUUGAAACAUACCCAGCAGGGAACUUCAGUUGGAUUCUGUUGAAAAGCAAAGCCUCCAGAAGGAUUGGGACAGAGGAAGCUGGUGCGGGAAGGAGGGACUUUAUACUUAAGACCUUGACCUAGAAAGUUGCUUGCAUCUCCCCAGCUCUGCCGGAAGUUCUUGGGGCAGAGAGUUUAGGCUCCCAGACUUAACCUGGUUUUAAGGGAGUUCUGUCCUGGAAUGAGUUGGGGUUGCUUCUGAAGAGCAUUUCAAAUGAAAACCUAUAGUUCACCCUCAUUCAAAGUAAAAAAUAUCAGCAGCAAAUAAAUAUUAAAUC